ACAGUUACGUGCAGUCUGCGACAGCAUUGUAGCCGUGUAGCCCUUUAUACAAGACGGUGCCGUUGUUCGCAAAGCAGCUUAUUAUAUCGAAUAUAUGCUUUUGUUUUUAUUUGCUUGGUGAUUUUUUAUAAUUUUAAUAUUUCAUAGUUUGCGUUUUUGUUCACGUUUUCGACCUCGUUAUUAGACUACAGCAGGUUGCUUCAUCAGCAUCCGUGAAAAUGAGUUCCACCACACACGUCAUUCAGGUGACCAACGUUUCACCGAGCACAACUUCAGAACAAAUGAGAACCUUGUUUGGAUUUCUCGGAACCAUAGAGGAACUUAAAUUGUUUCCACCUGAUGAUUCUCCCUUGCCUGUGACUUCACGUGUCUGUUUUGUAAAAUUCCAUGAGCCCGAGUCAGUGGGAGUCUCCCAACACCUUACAAACACCGUCUUCGUGGACAGAGCUUUGAUUGUGGUCCCUUUUGCUGAAGGAGUCAUUCCUGAUGAAUCUAAAGCUAUGUCGCUGCUGGCUCCAGCCAAUGCUGUGGCAGGAAUGAUGCCUGGAGGCGGUCUUCUUCCAACGCCCAAUCCUCUAGCGUCGAUUGGAGCAACACCGUUUGGAGGUCUUGGAGCUCCGACCCUUGAUCCAAUGGCUGCCAUGGGAAUUCCAGGACCUGGCAUGAACCCCCAGGCGAUUUCUGCGGAUUUGCUGAAGCUCAUGCAGUCCAUGGAUCCCAAAUUGAACCCAUUGGCAGCUGGAUUAAACUUGAAUCUAGGCCUGAAGGCAGAUUCCUCCAACAAGGAAAUUGAAGAGGCAAUGAAGAGAGUUAGAGAAGCCCAGUCUCUCAUUUCGGCUGCCAUCGAACCAGGAAGUAAGAAAGACGACAAGCGCAAACAUUCCCGAUCCCGCUCCCGGUCAAGACGCAGGCGGUCCAGGUCUCGCUCAAAGCACAGGCGUUCGAGGAGCAGGUCUCGACGUAGGUCUCAUUCAAGGAGCAGGAGGAGGUCUAAGAGCCCGAGGAGGAGGAGGACCCACUCCCGGGAUAGAGGCCAUCGCACUAGAUCCAGAGACAGGAGAAAGGAGGAAAAGUCUAAGAAAAGAUCAAAGACGCCUCCGAAAAGCUACAGCAGUGCCAGGAGGUCCCGGAGCAUCAACCGGAGGCACAGGCGAAGUCGCAGCACCUCUCGGUCUCCAAAAAAGAAGGUGUCCAAGUCUCCGUCCCCCAGACGCCAUAAGAAGGAGAAAAAGAAGGACAAGGACCGCGAGAAAGACCGCGACAGAGACAGAGACAGGAGGGAGGACCGGGACCGGGUCAGAGACGAACGAGAACGCUCAACCAGCAAGAAGAAGAAGAGCAAAGACAAGGAGCGAGAUCGGGAUCGGGAUCGCAAGUCUGAGAGUGACAAAGGAGAUGUGAAGGUGACCCGGGACUAUGACGAGGAGGAGCAAGGUUAUGACAGUGAGAAAGGAGAGGAACCUGAGGAUGAGGAGAGAAAGAGCGACUCUGAUUCGCCCUCCUCCGCCAAAGCCAUGGACAUAGAUGAGGCUCAAGCUCCUAAAAAAUCUAAACUCAACGGAGAUGAUCACCACCAGGAUGACAUGGAGAUGAGUGACUAACAGUGUCUUUCCACUGUCUCUUUUAUAUUUUUAUUAUGGGCCACAUUAUGUCUGUGCCUGAUUACAAGGUAAAAGAAAUCUUGACUGUAGAAGAGCUGCAGGCAGAAGUUUAGAUAAACCCCGUUUUGUUCUUACGUGGAUUUUAACCGUCAUUUUCAUUUUUUGUUCUGGUCCUUUCUGACAGUAAGAAACGGAACAUUUUCAUUGAAUGGUUUCAUUAAUCUUGUUCUUGUCAGGACUCGAUUCUUAUUGUGACUCACCCAGAAGUGUUUUUCUUUUUUGUCUUCAUGGAACAGGUUUUCUUUUACUGUAAUGCACUGUCAUGUUUGCAUUUUUAAGAACACACUGUAGAUAGAAAUGUGAUGUUGCAAUGAAAUGUAAUGUAAGACUUUUCAAAGGAAACAAAUAAUUGGGUCAAAUGUUUCAAACAUUUUGUGUAAACAAUAAAGAAGUUUCCAGUUUAUUAACA